UUUUAGUUUAGUUGCAAAAAGGGGAGGGAGAAGGGGAGUCCCAUAUUCCCAUUCCCAUUCCCAUGGCUGUCAUCACCACCUCUUAAAUACUGCUGCACUUCAUGCCAUUGCCCCAUUCUCCUCACCAACUCAACCUCUGAUUUCUCACCAUGAGAGAAUCAUCAACAACCACGAGAAUCGAUGACGAUGAUGAUAUUGAUAUUGCUAUUGGUAUUGAUAUCCAGAUUGACAAUGAAAAUAGGAUGCCCAUGAUGAAGAAGAAGAAGAAAGGGAUGAGGAAGAUGAAACCUGCAUGGCUUCAAGCUUUAAUGUCUAAUUCUAAUUUCUUCACUCCUUGUGACCUCCAUCACUCUCGCCGGAAGAACGAGAUGAACGUCUUCUGCUUACACUGUUGCCUCAGCAUUUGCCCUCACUGCCUUCCUUCUCACCGCUCUCAUCCCCUUCUUCAGAUUCGACGAUAUGUUUAUCACGAUGUGGUUCGGCUUGGCGACCUUGAGAAGCUCAUUGACUGUUCUUAUAUUCAGCCUUACACUAUAAAUGGUGCCAAAGUGAUAUUCUUGAAUCACAGGCCACAGUCCAGGCCUUGCAAAGCCCCUUCCAAUGUUUGUUUAACUUGUGACAGAAUUCUUCAAGAGCCUUUCCACUUCUGUUCCCUCUCAUGCAAGGUUGAUCAUAUGGUGUUGGAAGGGGCAGAUCUUUCCAGUAUUCUGUUCAGGUUUGACGAAUCAGAUUUCGCAUUUUCACAAUUCGAAGGAUUACGGAUGGAUGGCUCGGAAGUCACCGACGAUGAUGCCCAAAUCACUCCAAAUUUCGACUCGUUACAAUGCCAAGGCUUGUCGUACUCGAUUUCAAAUGAAGCCACGAGCAAUUCGGUAGUCUCACGGGAACCCGAGAUCGUGAAGAAGAAGAAGAAGAGCAAUGGUUUCCUUCCUGGAAUUGUUCUAUCCCUUGGUAGCCGGAGAAAGGGUGCUCCUCAAAGGGCACCACUGUCUUAGAAUGAACCAUAUGGAAAAUAAAGUAAAAUAAAUAAAGUAAUUUAGGACUUAAUUAAGAAUAUUA